CGCAUGUGCGCCUCUCACCCCCAUCAUCGAAUUGAAGAUCGCAAGCCCUGCGUUCAAACUUGAUCAUGCAAUGGAGCAGCCGCCCUAUGGCAGCGGGCUGCACUUUGUACUCAGUACACCUUCCCACCCGCUGGACAAGAAAGACCAUCGCUUCGUACGGAGUCAUGCUAAGAGAGCGAGUAAGCGACGAUGUGCACCGCUCACAAUCAAGUCCACCCUUUGGCCGGACCAUCAGCUCAAGAUAUUUCACCCACCGACCGAGGGCACACAAGUUCCAUCCCCAUUGGGAAGCUAUCUCUCCGGGCUCAGAGUACCUGCAGGGUUUGAAAUAUCCUCGAUUCAAGAUAUAUUGAAGUUGGUCGAAGCCGACAUAGACGGAAUGUAUCUCCACGAAGUUGUAUUCCACACGCACCCCGUCGAGCGAGGAUGGUUCCCGUACAUGAUGAGCGAUGAAUGUUGUUUACACUCCCUGCUGUUUUCUUGCGGGGUGUUGGAGGCUACAAGCUCGCAAGCUGGUCUCAGUCAGCGUGCUUGCUUCCACUACGGCCAGACGCUUCGUCUCCUCCAGGCUCGUCUGGAUGAUCCGAGAGAAGUCCAUGCCAUAUCUGAUGCCACGAUCAUGGUUGUGCUUUUCUUGGCUUCGAUAGCGCAUGCGACGAAUGAGCACGCCACGGCCGAAAAUCACAUCAGAGGGAUGGAGAAGAUGCUGCAGCUCCGGGGCGGGCUACAGUCUCUUAGUCCUCAUCUCAACAUGCAAGUCAAAGUGUGCCGAGCCGACCUCUCACACGCCAUAUUCUCGGGUACCCGACCACUUCUGUCGCCAAGUCAACUAUCCAGAGACUGCCUCGGAGCCGACCUACAAGCAGUCAAGUGUCAGCAUCACAAGUGCCAUUUGGAAUACUGGAGUUUUCUCCGAACAUCAAUACCCCCAUAUCUCCGCUCAGCCAUGAACGAUCUCCACGCCUUCUCCUGCAUGAUCAACAUUGCAUCUCAAGCUUCGCGCAAGAUACGGCCAGAGACGUACAACGACAUCAUGAUCUCUAUUCUCUAUCGGCUAAUGAGCAUCAAUUACGAUUGCAACGACAUGCAAGAAGCUAUUCGCCUCGGUAUGGUUUGCUACUGCACGACGAUUUUCAUGCAGUAUCGGCGGGUGAAACACCAGUACAGACAGCUCUACCACACUUUCAACGAGAGUGUGCAGAAGCUCUGGAGAGAUGGCAGACAGUUGCCGACUCCACUAGCCCUCUGGCUCGCAGUACUGCCUGAUGUGGCGGUGCGUGAUGAGAUUGUCAUGCCGGAAUGGCGCUGUAAAUGGCUUGUGGAAGUGCUUUUAGUGAGUGGAGUCGGCACGUGGAUGGAAGCCAGGGAAAUGCUAGGCACAGUCGCAUGGGUUGGUUUUAUGCACGAUAAAGCUGGCGGGAGGGUGUUCGAUUCGAUACAUACUGUCGUCAAAAGAUGAUCGUCCUACGAUACGAUGCGAUUCUGGACUAGAUCAGGCUCCGUCAAUGGCCUAUCAAAGCAUUUCCAAUUACGCUCCCUCGACAUUACCAAGUGGCGACGCACUCCUACUUGUUCCUCUACUGUACCCUCAUCGCCCCCGCAUCCAACUCCUAAUUCACUCUCCGUCGAUGGGAUUGGAGGCGUCGAGAUCAGAACUUCGCAGCAGAGCGUCAACGGCCGUACAUCCGGCCAGACCUGCGACGUCUCGUCCGCGUGUGCGUUUCCUAGAACGACAUGGG